AUGCCCAUCCUCAAGAACCUCCCAGUGCGCCUGAAAGGCGGUGGUCCGACUCUAGACAACGCUUUGAUCCUCCGCAGGAUGAGCCUCAACAUCACCCCCCACCAUCACCACCACAACCCCUUCGACAAUGACAACGGCGACCAUGGCAACCACUGGUCGCCCGGCAGCUCGCUCCUGGACGGCGACGUGCCAAGGGACCGCAAUCCGUUCGAGGAUGAGGAGGACGAGAACGAGGCCAACGAGGGGAAAAAGGGAAGUGGAGGAGGAGGAGGAGGUUCAGCGAAGGGUUCCUUCAAGUUUAUGUCCCCGCUGAAGAGUCUGGGAAAGCUGGGGAAGACCCUGAGAGUCUCGGGGAGGAGCAAAGGUAGUGCGACUCCCUCGCCACAAGGGUCGCUGCAGGGAACGCCUUCACCUGCAGAGAAGAAGAAGAGGGGGAGGAGGAGCUCUGAAGGAAGUCUGCUCAGGUUCGCGGGGAAAUAUCGCGACACCCUCGCCUUCGCCAACGGCGAGCUGAAUUGUUCGGAGAGCGAGUGCGACUCCACCAGCCGCCGCCUGUCCUUCAUGAAGAUGGUGGGUCGGGGGAAGCUGAAGAGGGAGUCCAUGGCCGACCACUCAUCUCAGGGCCCCGAGGAGCAGCCGGUGCAGGAGGUGGUGGUGGAGGAGGUCAAACCCAGAGAGCCGCUAUCAGUCCUGGAGAUCCUGCAGCUGGUGAAGAAGCGGGACCUGCUCCUGGCCGACUCUCACAUCCUGGAGCUGGAGCAGGAGUGCAACGAGUCCGCCGCCGCCGACCGGGGCGCCGUGACGCAGACGGAGGAAGCCACCAGCCCGAGCGUCAAAGACGGCAUUCGGAGGAAGGCGAAGGACGUGGAGCUGCUGUACGAGGAGCUGCAGAAGGAGCUGUGGGCCGUGGUCAGGGAGUCUCUCAGGUCCCCUACAGCCGGGCCGAACCUGGGCCUGGUGGUGCAGGUGCUGCAGCAGGAGGAGCAGGCUGAUAGAAACUGGGCCCUCAGCGAGGGAGCGGCCCCCGGGGGCCCAAGGCCUCGUCAGCUGAAGCACAGGUGGAAGGAGGCGGUGGAGGAGGCGGCUGACGGCUCUCUGCCUCAGAGAGCGGAGUUCACAACCGGGGAGCUGGACGGAUACCUGGGCCGGCUCCGAGCCCGGGUAGUGGAGGACCUGGGGGCUGCAAACAGGAACGUGGUCUCCAUUUACCCCGAAGAGUACCAGCCCUUCCAGGUGUACGUGCAGAGCUACCACCAGGCGGUUGCUAGGCGCCUGGAGGCCAUCACCGACAACCAGCUGGAGAUCACCGACAUCUACUCGCUGCUGGACUGGCUGCACAACAUAUACGACAGAGACGUUCUGGGGACUGUGUGCAUCACGUGUCCGUUCAGCCGCUCUCAGCUCGGUCCUCUACUGCCCUCAGAGACCGUGGACAGACUGGAGCUGGACUGUCUCAACUCUGUCAGGGCUAAAGUGACCACAGAGCUGAGUCAGGUCCUGGACGAGGAGGAGAAGAGAUGGAUGGAGACGCUCCACAUUGAGGAGUAUCAGAUCACUCUGGCCAAGACCGUUAUACAGAGGCUGCAGGUGGAUCUGGAGCGUUCUGCCUCCAUCAACGGGAGUUUGGGCUCCAGAGUGGCUCAGUGCAGCCUCAACGGUCUGGCCGACUUCCUCUACAGUUUCCAGCGUAAGGUUGAGAUGUUCCACGAAGGGAUGCAGAGCGGCAUGUUUGGAGACAACGAGGACGGAUACGUGUCCAAAACCAUCGCCCUGGUCAACUGCUGCCCCCCCUUCAGAGGUUUCGUGCAGCGCUGUGCUCAGUGCGAUCCGUCGGUCAGCGAGGACUCUCUGCGUCGAGCCAAUAAAGCUCUGGAUCACAUCGUGCAGCAGGGAGUCAGAGUCCUGUCUGAACGCCUCUACCUGCACAUCAGGCCGUUCUUCGAGCGGCUGGUGAAGAGGAAGUGGCUCAGCAACACGGAGCCGUACGAGCAGAUCGAGGCUCUCAUCAAAGAUGACUUCAAGAAGUAUCACAGGAUGGACAGUCCUCCGUACCAGCUGCUGGUGGCGGAGGUCCACCGGCGGGUGGUGAUGGAGUACCUCCGCUCGGUCAUGCGAGGCAGAAUCAUCUGCACCUCUACGAAGAUGAGGAAGAGGAUGGCUGGCCGGCUCAGAGACGAAGGCAAACAGAUCAAAGGCCUCUUCAAAGACCUGGAGUCUCCGUCCAGCUGGUUGGACAGCGCUCUGUCUCACAUCUCAGAGAUCAUCCAGCUGGAGGACGUCCCGUCCAUCCAGAUGGAGGUGGGAGUUCUGGUCAGAGAGUUUCCAGACGUCAGGAAGAAGCAUGUGUCGGCCAUUUUGAACAUCCGGGGAAUGACUCGGCAGGCGGAGCGUCAGGAGAUCCUCAACAUCGUCAAAGACAUCGAGAGCAGUGACGAAGGUGGCUCAGCCCGGCUGUCCCGGGACCACGCCCUCUUCUCCGAGGUGCCGGUCACCUCCGAGGUCCACUGCCUAAACGUGGGCCUGAGCCGCAUCGCCCUCACCGCCUCGUCGUGCUUCACUGCGCUGCGACCGCGCCGACGCAAAACCCGAACGCCCGUCCGGGAAAACCCUGACGAUGUUCUCUGAAGAGCCGGGUCACGAGAUUUUAGUUCUGACUGGAAGUGAAACUGUGACUGAGUUCCAACAGCCGGCGGGUGGUUUUUAUUAUUAAUUUAACUCCAUAAACAGUCCUGAUCAUUAUCCACUAAACCAUCACCGACUUGAGUAUUUCCAUCAGGCUGCUGCUUUAAUAUAAUCCACCAAAAAUACGUUGUUUUUUUUUCUCUGUGGAGUAGUUUGUCAUGUUUAAGAAAAAACAGGAGGGAUGGUGUCCAGAUCCCAGCCAGACACUUUGAGACUAACGUGAGGUUAACUUUGAAUCAUUUUGACUGUUUGAUUUCAGUUUCAUGAAGUGCAGCAUUUACACUUUGACUUUGUGGGAUCCUGAUAAAAAUAAUCUGUGCUCCCACUGCUGAUGGGAAAACAAAACGGCGUACGCGAUGAUGAUGAUGAUGAAGAGAGCCGAUUAAAGGACACUACAGUGAGAACUGAGGACAAAAUGGGAUUGAAACAUCAGCUCCUCUGUCAGACAGUGUCACCUGCAGCAGGAUGAGUGGGUGUAGCUGAUGGGUGGUGGACAAUUAGUGGCACAUUUUAAUCACAGAAAAGAAUCAAUUCUUGAAAGAUUUCUCUACAUAGGAAAAUGACAUUGAUUUGAAAUCAGAAAAUUCUUGUAGAUGUAAAAAUUCACUGUUCACCUUUGAAUAUCUUCUGUUGAAACAAAAUCGUAGGAUGGAGGAUUCAGGGUUGAGGCCUGGUCACAGAAAAAAUUCAUUAGUCUGUCUUCAUGAAACAGGUGAUCCUGGAAGCCUGGUGUCAGAGUGACUGGACCUAAUGUUGGGUGGUGACGUAGUGACUGUAUCUGACGUCAUUUGGUGACGUAGCAACUGGACCUGACGUUGGGUGGCGACGUAGUUACUGGACCUGACGUUGGGUGGCGACGUAGUUACUGGACCUAACGUUGGGUGGUGACGUAGUUACUGGACCUAACGUUGGGUGGUGACGUAGUGACUGGACCUAACGUUGGGUGGUGACGUAGUGACUGGACCUAAUGUUGGGUGGUGACGUAGUGACUGGAUCUGACGUUAUUUUACUGACGUAGCGACUGGACCUUACGUUGGGUGGUGAAGUAGUGACUGGACCUAGCGUUGGGUGGUGACGUAGUGACUGAAUCUGACGUUAUUUGGCGACGUAGUGACUGGACCUGACAUUGGGUGGUGACGUAGUGACUGGACCUGACGUUGGGUGGUGACGUAGUGACUGGAUCUGACGUUGUUUUACUGACGUAGCGACUGGACCUAACGUUGGGUGGUGACGUAGUGACUGGAUCUGACGUUAUUUGGUGACGUAGUGACUGGACCUGACGUUGGGUGGUGACGUAGCGACUGGACCUAACGUUGGGUGGUGACGUAGUGACUGGAUCUGACGUCAUUUGGUGACGUAGUGACUGGAUCUGACGUCAUUUGGUGACGUAGCGACUGGACCUAAUGUUGGGUGGUGACGUAGUGACUGGACCUAAUGUUGGGUGGUGACGUAGUGACUGGAUCUGACGUCAUUUGGUGACGUAGCGACUGGAUCUGACGUUGGAUGGUGACGUAGCGACUGGAUCUGACGUCAUUUGGUGACGUAGCGACUGGAUCUGACGUCAUUUGGUGACGUAGCGACUGGACCUAAUGUUGGGUGGUGACGUAGCGACUGGAUCUGACGUCAUUUGGUGACGUAGCGACUGGAUCUGACGUCAUUUGGCUCAAAAGUUAUAGAAAAUGAAAGUUUCUCACUCGAUGAAUAUGCUAAGAAAAACCAGCUAAUAGCUCCAACGCUCACUGUUGCUAAUGGCCCCAGUGUCUAAGAGAACGCAACAGAAGGCCGACGACACGAGAACUGUCCAGUCAGUGAAGCUCUCCAAGCUUGUUUGCUAAAUGGUCAUCUGCUAUAGGUGCAUCUAAAUCUGAGAACGAGAUGUUCAGGUAUUACUGGGCAGGUAGAACUUUAUCUUCAGUCUACAAAGACACGGUGUCAUAGAGCUAACCAUUACAAAAUAAAUCCCAUAAAUUUUCAUGUCAAAAUUCACCAUGGAUGGACUUUGACCCCCCCCCCCUCCCAAUCCAGAGACACCUACAUAAAAACAUAGUGUUGGAAGAAGUAGUCAACUCUUUUACUUGAGUAAAAGUAGCGAUACUUCACCGUAAAAAUGGUCUGUUACAAGUAAAAGUCCUAAAUUUAAAAUUCUACUUCAGUAAAAGCACUGAAAUUUACCUAAAUUAUCAAAUUUACCUUAAGUAUCACAGUAAAAGUACUUCCUUUAGUCCCAGUAUUACAGUAAAAGUACUUCCUGUAGUUACCUUAUCACAGUAAAAAUACUUCCUGCAGUUCCAGUAUCACAGUAAAAGUACUUCACUGUGCAGGGACCUGUCUCCUGUGACUGGUCUCUGAUCCUCUCUGACGCGAUCAGAUCCUUGAUCCUGAGUCACGGAGGCUUCGGCAGCGUUUUACCGGUGGAGCUGCUCCAGGUGGAGCUGCUUUUAGCUACGUCGCAGACAGGGAGAGAAUUUAGUCCGCUGGUUCCCAACCCGGGGGUCGGGCCCCCCCAGAGGGUCACCAGUUAACUUUCAGAGGGCACAAAACAAGGUUAAGGCCUGCGUGAGUUGCUUCACUGUGACCAGAUCCUCCGAUCGCAGCGAUUCCAUUUAAAUGAACCGACUUUGCUCUGACACUUGUGGCUGUGACCAGGCCUCACUGACACAUAACGUCACUGUGGGGAUUUAAAGUCGCAUUUUUCAGGCUUCACACGGGGGUUUGUUGCAGUUUUCGUGUUGAUGUUCACACAUGUAGCAGGAUUACGUAUCACGGUUUUACUAAAUCACAUGAGCCGCGAUGGGACCUGUUUGACCUAAGAACAAACCGUCACAACAUUUUCCUGCAGGAUUUCAAGACUUUGAGCUGAAAGGAACUUAAUAGAAGAUCAGUAAAAGGAAAGCGGUUCUUUGUGCUGUGGUGGACUCUAGACUGAAGUGCAUUCUGGGACAAAGACCAGAACAAGAGGACUGAUCCAGACUGAAGUAAACACAGUUCGGAUCAUCGGGAUUGCUAAGGUGCCUCUCUUGUUUUCUGUCCAGUCAGGAUCAAUAAACUGGAACCUGGACUGAGAACCAGUAGCUGGAUGCAAGAUGAAAUUCAGGAUUUGUUUUGGGGAUUUUGACCCUUCAGGAUUUCAGAGGAGCUCAGUUUGUAACCCCAGGACCUGGAUAUGCUUCAUGACAAUAACUGGACUUUUGUAGUUUUAUUGUUGCACGUGAUAUAAUAAAAAAAAAAAAAAGACACAUUUUAAUCAAAGGUACUAGACGAAGAUCCGAGCCUCUGUCAGCUGACUGUGUAUUUAAAGCAGUGAUUCUAGUUCAAGCUCUUUGGUGGGAUGAGGUUUAUUAUAUAUGUGGAUUCAGAGAUGACUAGAGACGUAUUAUUUCUUUCUGGUGGUAGAAUUCUAGACUUUUACUCCAGCAUAUCCGCUGUUGGUUCAAAGGUCGGAUGUCAAGAAAGGAGAGGGAAGGCUCAGUCUGUCGACACGAGAGGGACAGAACGACAGACUGAGGACGAAACGGGCCUAAACAUCUCAUAUUUGAGUGGUUUUUUUCAUUUCCUCACAUUUCCACAUUUAAUGGUUUUGCAUGUUUUAGCUCAUAAACUACAAACAACUGAAAGUUUAAAAUUCCUGCUGAUCAUUUUUCAAACCAUCCGUUUUCAUUACUUUCCUUCCAAGCAGCCGCUUUCUAUAAAAAUCAGCUGUUUUUGCUCAAAGUUUUGUUUUCAUGCGCUGAUGCUCUUGACUGUUUUUGAAAUGUCUCAUUGGUGCAUUCAAGGACGCUCUGACGUGUGAGAUCUCCCUUACCAAAGACGCAGUUCCGGUCGGACAAACCUGGCUUCUGUCUGUUAUUCAUGUCUCUGUCUCUUGUAAAUGUGGAUGUAUGAAAUGAAUAGUUCUGUACAGAGAUCAGCUUUAAAUGACAAUAAAAGACAUCAGAUCAA